AUGGCUUCGAGCCCCAUUCGCUCGGACGAGCAGGACCGAUCGACUGCUGACGCCUCGCAGACGCCGUAUACAAAGUUCAAGACGCCAGUGACGCGGCAAGAGACUUUCAAUAGCGACGCCGAGACGGGCUCGAUGGUGUCAACUGCUGCGGGUACAAUAACUCGCUUAGGAGGUGGAGGGAGACGGAGCAGACGAGGCAGUCGAGGGUCUAAUGGGAGCAUCAACGCAUGUGAUUUCCUGGUUGAAGAAGGUGAUACCGAGGACGUUGUAGGUGAAAAAAUAUCCAGUCGACCGGACGAGGUCAGACCACGGCAAGAACAGGGGAGGAAGGACUCGGAUCCGAGCUGUAAAGACGGAGCUACGGAAUGCACGAUGCAGAUGAGUUCAAUUGCCAUGAAAGGCUCAGAGCUGCCGAGUUUGCCAAGGAGAUACCUCAACGGCCAGUUCCAGAGCAAUUCGUACUUUUCCAAGAAGUUACUACGACUCUCGCAGCUUAUUGUACUUGUCGACCUGGUUGCGCUGGGAUUCUUCUACUUUCACAAAGUUGAUCCUGCUACUAGUUCACAUGGCAGGUUGUAUAUUGGCUCUCCACUAAAGGUCUUGGCAUCGACCAAGGAGUCCAGCUGCACGACGUCGUUGGCGCUAGCAGCUUUGGUGUACCAUUUAUUUCCGGCAGUGUUCGUACUAGGACUGCCAGCUUCUGGGCUCCGGAUUUUCGAGCCAUUUAGGAGAGAACAGCGGUUUGAUAAAGGAGGGAGACUGCAGAAGGUGAAGCGAACAAUUUGUCUCCAGGUUUGUGAACUCGCGGGCGCUUGGAUAUUCGCGUACGAAGCGCUGAUUCUCGGCUACUUUGUCUAUUACGUUGCAAGUGGACAUAUCUUUGUCGGCUGCGGCUCUGAUGUUAAAGACUAUAUCUUCUGCGGCGGUGCGGUCGUCAUGUUCUGGCUGCUUUUCGUCCUCAUGGGCGCUUUUGCCAGAUUUCGGGAACAUUUGAAAAUGCAGUUAGGUGCAUUCAAAGAAAGCGAUCAGACAGGUGACGUCAAAGCACACAUGCUGAGAUCGAAGAUGAAGCGCAAAAAGCGUCAGCAGCAAAAGAACGGCAACAGUGCGGAGUCCUCUGCACUGACUUCCACUAAAUCGACUGUCGUCAAGGACGUCCGAAAGAGACUUUAUCGGGGAGCCCAGCUCGGUGAUCUCAGGCUGAUUCAUCGCUCAAUUCGUAUUGCAAAGCUUUACCUUGGCGAGAACUUUGCGAAAGAACUAUACCCCGACCCGGUUAUGGUGUUUGGCAUAUUUGGGCUUGCCAAGAAAAACCCAAUGCAUGUGGCCGCGUAUCAAGGCAACAUCGCAGCCAUGGAAAUGCUGUACAAGGCGCAUUUCCAGGUCAACUCGUUCGACAAGGUCUCACGUGUACGAUUUACCACGGGUGAUCUCUUUUUGUACCUUGCGAGCUACUUUAUCCAGAAACCCGUUGUCUCGGCUGACGAGACGUAUAGCUCCGUGUUCAAGACAACGCUGGUGACACCGUUGCAUUGUGCUGUGAGCACUGGUCGUCUCGCUGCUGUACGGUGGCUCAUUGCUCACGGAGCCGACGUCAACCUUUGUUCAAAAUCGUCAUACCGCUGCGAAGGUCGCUUGCCUCCUAUUUUCUUGGCUGACCAUCCUGAGAUUGUGCAUGUACUGCUGCGGGCAGGUGCGAAUCACCUUGCUAUUCCCGAUCCCGGUCACAUGAACACCAUCACUGUGUUACAGCUUGCGUAUUUGCGAGGUAAUUUUGCCGUCGCACAGAUACUUGAGGACUGGGGAGGUGAUGUCGCACUUACACCACUACAUGCAGCUGCUGCCAUGGGUGACGUUGCAACGAUCCGAAGCUUGUUGCGAAAAAAGGUGAACCCCGACGUUCUUGGCGAGCUGGGUUACGUUGGGCUCAACAAGCGCACACCGCUACAUUGGGCAGCAGUAAAUGGUGCAGUUGAGGCCGUGGAGAUUCUGCUGGCUGCUAAAGCUGAUGCCAACUUUCAAGACGUACAUGGCCGCACAGCGCUACACUGGGCGGCACGUGUGAAUCGUGUCGAUAUUGUGCGGGUGCUGUUAGCACAUGGAGCAGACCCGACGAUUGUGGAUGAUGGCGACAUGACGCCUAUUACGUGUGCAGCUUGCGCUGGCGGAACAACUGCUAACAUGUUCAAGGAAUUGGUUGCUCAUGGUGGUGAUAUUAACCACCAACUUCACUCGACAGGUGAUACGGCACUGCACUUGGCUGUCAAGCUGGAUGAUCAGCAAACGGCAUUGGCAUUGUUGAGCAUGGGAGGUGAUAUUAUGCGCACGAACCACAACGGGUUUCGGCCUAUUGAUUGCACUACGUCGACGAGACUUCAAUUCGAGAUCAAGCGCGCAGCAGGUACUCGGGACGUGAUGAUAAGUUAUACGCACUCGCACAUGGAGUUUGCUUUAAAGCUUCGGAAGUCGCUCGAAGAUGCCAGCAUUACCGUGUGGCUUGAUCUCAUGGAUCCUAGUGGAAUCGGUGGCGGGUCCGUCUGGCGAGAGGAGAUUGCACGUGGUAUCACAAAUGCUGCGGUGGUGCUUUGUAUUCUAACAGAAGAUUACACAUCGUCUGAGUGGUGUCUGAAGGAACUGGCACUAGCGAAACAAGUCGGGACACCAAUUAUAGCCAUUUCUACGGAACAUGCAAAAAUCUCAGAGGAGCUUCAAGUGUACUUGUAUACGCGGCAGCUGGUGCCGUUUGAAAGUGCUAUUGCACACGUAACGCAUGUAAACGAGAAGGAGAUUCGAUACGAGUAUGAUGACGAAGCGUACAAGCACCAGUUGCGGAUGCUGUUGGACGGCAUGCGUGACGAAAUUGAAAAGCGCAAGGAAGAUAACAUCAAGCGCAACAUGCGACGUGCUGAAAAAAACCCAAUGCUAGGAUCUGUUCAUGGAAGUAGCGUUAUGCGUAGCCGUCGUCUUUAUCGUGCAGCUUCUCGUAUGAACAAUGCCAACACAAACAGUGUAGACUCGAUCAAGUUUGAUGAGCGAGCGCCAGCAAUGGCAGCGUCCGAUAUGCCCAACUGCUAUGCCUAUGAAUCGGGUGGAUCACCGAUUCACGAAAUCGGAGAUGAUCCAGCAAUGCCUGUGAUUGUCGGUAGCGGCCGUCGUCGUGGUGCACCUGGGUCUGCUCGUUCGGUUGGAUCUAACAGCAUUUUUUCGACUGGCCUGCCUGGCCCGUGGCUUAGCAACAACUGUGACUACACUAGCACAAAUUUGAGUAUCUUGAGCAGCACUAGCGGCACAAACAGCUUUGUUGAUGAUUGUGACGUCCCUGAUAGUAUUGUGCUCGACACGGGUGGAUACUACUUUCACCGAGCACCUGGCAACGACAUGCAUAAGCACGGGAGUCGCAGAAAUGUUAUUUUGGAGGGAGGCUUGACCGACGCUGACGGACUGAAUGUCAACGACAGCAUUGUGGAGGAUUUGCAGGAGCUGAGCACGGCCACAGCCGGCGGUGAACAGUUUGUGUUUAUCAGUCACGGAGAUUACCAUCAGCGAUUUGUGCGAAAGUUGUGCGUUGAAAUGUGCCGCGAGGGAGGUCUCAGGUGUUACGUGGAUCGUAAGCACAUGAAAGAGCUUUCAACGACGAUUGCAGAAGAGGGAUCAGAGGAGAGGAAGUCAUUGCAUCCGAUGCUCUCGCAAAAUGAAGAUAUGUCGACGCGCAUCCACGACGCAAAGGAAGCUAUCCUCAAAUGUUCAGCUUUCGUUGUACUCGUUUCUGAGAAAACGCUGGCAAGCGAAUUAGUGAAAGAUCAACUUGCGUUUGCCGAGGACAAAGGCAAGAAUAUUCUGCCCGUCGUCGUCAACCACAUCGACUUUGGUCUUGACAUCAAGUACAGUCUUGCACGGAGCACAUUUUUUCAUUUCUUUACGAAGGGCGACAUGAUGGGCUUUCGUCAGUCAUUACGACACUUGCUCUAUGCGCUGCGUGAAGAAGUCUACGGUGUCGGCGUCGAGGGUCCACUCCGCAGUGUCAAUGCUGGUACUCGUCCAUCCCGCUUCAAACGCAGUGAGUACCAGCACCCAAGUUUUCUUUCUGGUGGCCGCCCAUCCAGCUUUUGUGGUGGCGGUCAUGGCAAUAGCCGUGAUAUGCGGCUUCGUGGAGGAUUCUCGGCCUUGUGCGACAGCUUCACGUCGACGGGUGGAUCCCACAAUCCGUUCACGCAGAACGAAGCUAGUCUUCGUAUGCGCCAUCCAGCUUCAGAAAGUCUCUAUUGCAGCAGAAGCUCACGUAGCGAUGUCUGCAACUUUAGUUUGCCUUUCACGCGGCCCUCUCAAACUUUUGCAGAAACUAAUGGCACGACGCGUAGUAUGACAUCAGAUAUGAGCCUAGCUCUGUCAAUGUUUGGGAAUUUCUCGACACUGGUGGGACGUAUCACGGAUGACGUGGAAGAGGAGGAGGAAGAAGAAGAGGUGUUAUCGUACGCUGGAAUACAGGACGAUGAGUUUGAUUUGACUGACGAGAUGGAGGAUAUGGGAACUGGAGAAGAUCGCAUCGCGCAAGAUGACGCUCCUCCGUUUUCAAGAACAUUGCAGCAACAACAUCCUGCGUUGGGCGCUUUUGUGAACGACAGCAGCUUCCAAACCCGUCAACGGGGAUCUGACUCGUCCGUUAGUAUCUUGGAACGCACAGAACCAGCUGGGUGUGUUGACUUUACGGUGCUGGACGACAUCCUGGUCAAAAGAUAG